AAUUUUUAAAAUCUUUAAAAAAUUUUAAUCAGCUUUAAAACAGUUUAUUAUUGUAAAAUAGUGAUAAAAUGUGUUAUAAUUUGCAGUUUUUAAAAGUAUGGACUUUCAUGUGUAUAUAAGCUAAUAUUUUGAUUUAUAAAAUGCUAACUAAGGGUUUGAUCGCAAAGGCACUGCGAAACGCCUGUUCCAGGAGUGCGGAAUUAUGUUUUAUGGAAUGUGGACGCAGAGUUUACAAGGCUAUACCAACUCCCUCAGAUUAUGAACCAAUAGCUUCGUUCUGUUAUUAUACUGGGAUACACAACCACAGGGAGUUUAAUCUCCUUAUCAAUAUAACUGAUAUCGAUGCCGACUUUGUAAAGAAGCAUUCACUUAUCGAGUUUGAGGUUGGGGAUACAAAAGUAACAGCAGGAGCGAUUCCAUUAUCCCGGGGUAGGAAGUUGUCGAAUUUGCAGUGCAGAGCACUGGUUAAGGUUCGGAUGUGCGACAAUGAGCUUAGACUCAAAGUCUACAAGAAAGGCUUGGUUGGAAACACGGUUGUAGCCGACAUUACCCUUAACAUUGACAGGGAUAUUAUAGACGCUAAAUUCCCCAAGGAUAAGUGGUAUCCACUUACUGAUGAUCCUUCUAAAAAAGACCAAAUUAAACUCUCUUUUUACAAAGUAUCGGAUGGGCUUAAUGUGAUUGACAAUAUAGUAUUACAGCAGGCGUAUAUGUGUAUAAAUGACUAUAACGAGUCGGGAAUUGAAGUUAAAAUUAACGCAACAAAUCCGCAGAUAAUGUUACUGGCUGAGAAGUUGGCGUUAUUAUCAUACGCAUUGGAGGGACAUUUAAUCGCAAAGGAAGAUUAUGUAUCACAAAUGCGUUACUAUAAAACUUAUCUAAAAGAUGGAAAGUGGUACUGGAGUUAUUGGAGCUGUAAACCUGAGUGCAGAGCGAAAAGGAACCCUCAAGGCUCAAUAUACAUCCUAAGCAUAAGCACAAUACUCAAACACCCUACCGAUUACUCAUCCUUUUACGUAAAAUAUCACACCAAAGAUGGUCCUCGUGAUAUCAUCUUUAAAACUGUUGAAAGAAGUAGAGAUAUCUGGACGGAUUCCAUAUACCUCUUUAUUCAAAACUUGAGAGAUUACCUUGAUCAGUUUGACAAUUUAAAAUCACUAGAAAAUUUUUUGGAUUAAUUUUUAAUCAUUUUA